AUGGCGCCCUCCUUCACAGAACCAACAUCAACUUACCUCGAGGCGCCGUCAAAAGCGCCUCCAAACCUUGUUGCUCCAGAGCCUGAACACUGCCCAGGCCCCGAAUCCGAUCAAGCAGGUCAAGGCGAUGCGUGCGCCGGCUGCCCAAACCAAUCAAUAUGCGCCUCCGCCCCCAAAGGCCCCGACCCCGAUAUCCCUCUCAUAACCGCCCGUCUUGCCUCUGUCCGACAUAAAAUUCUCGUCCUGUCCGGUAAAGGCGGCGUCGGGAAGUCCACUUUUUCAUCGCUCCUCGCCCACGGCUUCGCAUCGAACCCGGACUCGACAGUCGGAAUCAUGGACACCGAUAUCUGCGGCCCCAGCAUUCCCAAGAUGAUGGGCGUCGAGUCCGAGACCAUCCACGUCAGCAACGCCGGCUGGAGUCCGGUCUGGGUAUCCGACAAUCUAGGUGUGAUGAGCGUGCAGUUUAUGCUGCCAAACCGAGACGACGCGGUUAUCUGGCGCGGGCCGAAGAAGAAUGGGCUCAUUAAGCAGUUUUUGAAGGAUGUGGACUGGGGCGAGAUGGAUUAUCUGAUUGUCGAUACGCCACCUGGAACUUCGGACGAGCAUCUUUCUGUCAAUUCUUUGCUCAAGGAGUCUGGAGUUGAUGGUGCGGUUGUCGUUACAACGCCACAGGAGGUCUCGCUUCUGGACGUGCGCAAGGAAAUUGAUUUCUGCAGGAAGGCUGGAAUUCGUAUUCUUGGUUUGGUUGAGAAUAUGUCCGGGUUCGUCUGCCCGAGCUGUGACCAUGAGUCAAAGAUCUUCCGAGCCACGACAGGUGGCGGGAAGAGGCUUGCGAAGAAGAUGGGCAUUCCGUUCCUAGGCGCUGUGCCUUUGGACCCCAGAGUUGGAAUGGCGUGCGACUAUGGUGAGAGCUUUGUGGAUAACUUCCCGGACAGCCCUGCAUCCAUUGCGAUCAAGCAGGUCGUUAGGGCUGUUGGGGGGUUUGUUGGCGAGGAUCCAGAUGAUGUUUUGCCCGACGCCGAGUGA